GGUGUCUAAAACAGAUAUCAAGAUUAAAUUUGAUCGAUCCUUGCGCUGUUAUCACAGUUGAGUGAUAAAUCUCAGUCUAUUGCAGCUGCAUAGUGCGAUGGAUAGCGGUAAGAGUAAUAUUAUUUGGGUUAAAAUUUAUGUCAAAAAAAAAAUAUAUAUAUAUAUGUAUAUUCAAUACCCAACUCUGCGUAUGUUUAUAAUGUCAUAGCUCUGCAUUAUAAUUAUUUUUCAUUAUUACUUGAUUUUUCGCUCUUGUUAAACAUGAUAUAUUUUUUAAUUAAUUGAUACCACAUACAUGCGGCAAAAUGAUAUAUUGUAAUUACCGAGCUCACUCGUUAUCCUCGUGACUUGACGAGCUAUAAAGUAGCGGAGUAAAUAUUUACCUGCACUGAAUGCAUCGGGUAUCGUGUUUCGUCUCGGUAUAAUUCAUGUGAUGUAUAUAACCCCGUAUAGGAAAAAUGUAAUUACGCAUAAAGUGACGCAGCCAUACGUAUGUAUACAAUAUGUACAUUAUACUUGUACACAUCUGUGCGCGCCGCAAGGUAAUAACCAUUGGUAACAAUACCGUUGCACAGUAUACUGCAGCAGAAACAAUUACGUAACUUGUAACGAUGUAACGUUUUCGAUCGUUCGCUCGUUUAAUCGCUGUGCGCAAUUACAGCCUCGGUAUGUAUAUAAUGCAUAUGUGUUAUUAUUCGGCAGUUAUGCAUGUCGACGCAAAACCGAUAUUAAUUCUAACUACGCAGCAUUUCAACCUCUAUCCGAAGUGUUCUGCACAGAAUAAAAAAUUAUUAAAAAAUCCAUUGGUGCCACAACAGCUAGGAAGACUUUCAGCCGCGGCUGACGAUCAAAUUCGAGACGACAAAUGACGGAUGGGUGGUAUCGCGUGCCUGUGCAACGGUUUAUCGAAGAGAUUAAAACCCGUUGAAAAGCCUCGAGAAGCUGCAGCGAGCUGCGAGAGCGGGUGGGAAGUCGAAACCGGACACGCGAUAGCCGUUGGACUCGGUAUCUUGGAAGGGAAACGUCUCUUCCUUCUUGCCGUGGGGAUAUUUGCCGAGUGGAACGUGAUCCGAUUCGCUGGAGGGUUGGUACCCCUGAUCCUGACGGUAGUGUCCGCCUGUCUAGGCGGGCCGGCAGCCUUCGCCACAGUCUUCGCAAUCCAGAAGCGACGACGGGAUCCUCGCUACCGGUGUCUCAAAGGGCUCCUGAAGUGCCUAUCAAUCGCGGUUCUCUUCUGCGCCCUGAUGAAUGCCGCCGUUAUCGCGACUUUCGGCGCUUACCUCAACAUACGGCGGGAGGAUAUUGCCGGUGUUUUCAACGCCUCGAUGAUGCUCUACGCGGAGGAAUCGUCGCACAAAACCACCAUCGACCAGCUCCAGUUCACCUUGCAGUGCUGUGGUCACGCCGGCUACAGCGACUGGAUCGCGUUCGAUUGGCAGAAAGCGGACUAUGCAUCGCGGGACGAGAUGUCGAGUCAGCGGAGGAUUUCUGACGAGGAUCUCCGGUCCAUGGCGGUGCCGUUCAGCUGCUGCAGGCUCCGAUCGAUGAGGCCCUGUUUUCACAUGGAUUUUACCAUGAACGCAGAUACCAUAAACGACAAAGGUUGCGCCGAAGUCCUGAGCCGUCUGGUUUUCCGCAGUGCCGCACUCGCCUACUGCGUUUCCGCCUUCCUCGUCCUCACGCAGAUUCUUCUAGCCAUCCUCGUGCUAAAAAUCGCCAAGAGACCUUUUCGAUCGGAUUGUCCAUCCCUCUGCGAAUGCACGGAAAAAUGUCCGUCUGUGUGCCCGCUGCUUGAUCAUCAAUCCAGUACAUCGUACGUGAGCUCCACCGGCAACACCUCGCCUUGUAGCGAUCGUGCAAACUCGUCGGCAGCAAAGAACAGAAAAAGAAACGGGAAGCUGAGUACGAUCUCCAGCCGGAGUUCCGGCUCCUGCAGUAGCUCGUCACCGUCGCCGCCUCCGUCCUCGGGAAAGUCGAAGACGAGUUCGGCGAAGAAGACAUCGGCCAGGACGCGGUGCAACGGCGGCUGCGGGGCCGCGAGAAUUCGGCCGAGUCUUCACACCGAGCAUCGAGUGCCGAAAAAACGAUGCAGCCAAAAACGCACCGUCCGACCGAGUUGACGUCACUUAAUUCGAGCCGUCUUGAUCGCGAUACCAAUUUGAUCUACGUCAGGGAUGCGCGAACAGAUCCAAGAUCGAGAGAUCAUGCAACGAAUUUCACCGGCGUUAUAAUACUUGCUCCUUUGAUCUCAUUCUCCAGUCGAAUCUCGCGUACGUGAAUUUACGAGAAUUUGCAAGCCAGAUAUAUGCCUAUAUAUAACCGGUUUCCGAUGGAUAUGUAGGUACGUUAUUUAUUAUGUGCACACGCAUAUUGCCAUAUGAGAUCGUGAGAGAAGAAAAAAAUCAAUAGAUGUAUGAGAAGAAGUGAAGGACUGCAGUGUGGAUCACAGGGGGCGGAAACCUGAUUCUGCGGCCUCGCCGCAGCCACGGAUUCAAUACCGAUAAAUUAAUCCACCGAGGUAGAUAAAUUCGGUAUGAAGAACGAGCUACGAGAUUAAAGGGCUGCGUGGGCGAUAGAAUAUCAGCCAUGCUCCGUUUUCUUCGACAGCCGUCGUACGCGGCAUGAAUUAAGAGAGAAGCUGAUAAACUGCAGUGAGUUCUCCGCUUCCCGCAGCGCCGAUGCAUCGAGAUUUAUAAUUAUUUAUACCUAUAUCCUGCUAGUCUGCGGCACGAGAUUGCGUGCGCCCGAUGCAAGGACACCUCUAUACCUCUGGCACAACGCAAUAAUAUCGUAAAAGGCUUGAUCAAUCGCUUUUUCGAUACUUUUCACUUAUACAUACACCGCGCUGCACGAAGCUGCUGAUAAUGGCGUCGGUCAAUUAUCUACCGUGUCUUCAGCACACCGUUCGGUGUGAAUGUGUUUUUAAUUAAUUUUAACUCGUAACUGUUGAUAAAUAACGAUCUAUAUGGAGGCGUCUACAACCGCUGAUCGAUGUUAUUCUGUGUAUCUACACGUAUUUUAUCUAUAAAGCGUACAUGUAUAGUAUA